AUGUACAUGCUUUAUUCCCUCUGCUCUGAAAGUGAAAAAGACUUGGAAGAAGCUGAGGAAUAUAAAGAAGCACGUUUAGUACUGGAUUCAGUGAAAUUGGAAGCCUAAAACUUUCCUGUACAGGAUGUUUUUUGCAUUAAAUCCUGGGGUCUAUUGUAUAAUUCAUUAUUUUUGACCACUGCUGUGUGUUCAAGUAGUAUGGGAAUGUGAUUUUUUUUAUGCAGUUGCAUAUAUUUUUCCUUGCCUAAUUUAAUGUGUUGAGUAAAUGAGUUCGUCUACUAAAAA